AUGAGUGUUAUAACUUGGAAUGUUAGAGGGAUGAAUAAAACGUACAAGCAGAAAGAAGUAAAGGAGUUUGUUAGAAUAAAUAAUAAAACUGUUAUAGCAUUAGUUGAACACAAAGUCAAAUAUCUGAAAGCCAAUGAAAUUAUCAAAAAGAUAGCUCCAGGUUGGGAAUGGGUUUCUAAUGCUAGAACAGGACAGAAAGGCAGAAUAUGGGUAAUGUGGGAUCCUAGAAUCUACAUAUUUGAUCCCAGUGAAGUAGAUGAGCAGAUUAUACAUGGGCAGAUUAGAGUGAAGUCAAAACCAGUUAACUUUGGUUUUACAGCAAUAUAUGGACUUCAUACCAUCAAAGAUAGGAGAACUAUGUGGGAAAAGCUGAGACAGAUUAAUAGCAACCAACAAGGACCCUGGCUUGCAAUGGGUGACUACAAUGCUGUGCUACAUGUAACAGAUAGACAACAUGGAACAGAAGUGCAGGACAUAGAAGUGAAAGAUUUUAAGGAGUACAUCAUGGAUACAGGUAUGAGUGAACUACAGUAUGUGGGAAGGGAAUAUACACGGACUAAUAAUCACACAUACAGUAGGAUAGACAGGGGGCUGGUCAAUACUGAGUGGAUGAUGACUAUGCCUAGCUUGAAAAUUCAGGUGUUAGAGCCACUAAUAUCUGACCAUUCACCUUUGAAGUUGAUGAUCACACAGAUGCAUACAAAGAAAAGCAGGCCUUUCAAAUUCCUUAACUGUAUUGCAGACCACCCUCUCUUUAUUCAACAAGUUAAAAUGGCUUGGAAUGAGGGAAGGGAAGCUGAAAAGAUGCAAACGGUCUGGCACAAAUUAAAGAAGACUAAGAAAAUUAUUAAGGAGUUAAACACAAAGCAUUACAAAGGGCUUGAAGAAAAAAUCAAGGAGACAAGGAAUGAGCUGCAAACAGUACAAGAAGACAUGAGCAACAGAAUGCAAGACACUGAGUUAAUUGAGAAAGAGAAAGUACUGAAGCAUAAAUUAGAGAAGUGGGUGAUGAUAGAGGAAAGUGUAUACAAGCAGAAAUCAAGGGUGCAAUGGCUAAAACUGGGUGAUUCCAAUUCAGGUUACUUCUUGCACAGAUGA